AUGUCUGGAGAUAGUCAUCAGAAUGGGCUUGAUAAUUAUCUAAAUGAACUCAACAAUAAGAAUCUGAUGUAAGUUAGGAGACCAAAUGAGGAGUAGAUUUUGGCAUUUAUUGAUUUUGAAGGUAUCAAGGCAGAUCCAUCAAUUCAACACAAAACCUAUCCUGAAAAUCAAUAGGACAAUAAGAGCAAGGGAAGUAAGUCUGCUAAGUAAAUUCGACGGAAUAGUUUGGAUUUGUCAGAAGCAUCACCCUUGAAACAAUCUCUAAGGGAUGAAUUAAUCCUGUGUGAUAGUCCAAAUUUAGAAUUAAAAAAAUUGGGAGAACCAAAUGAUAAUAGAAAAAGUAAAUCUAUUAUUAGUCCAGCUAUUUAAUCGGCAAAGUCUCCGAAAAGAAAAAGUAAGCAUUUUUCAAAGAUUUUUUCAAAGCUAACCAACAGAAUGAGUUUAGCUAAGAAAUUCAUCUCAAAGAUUAAGAUUCUAUCGCCAUUUGCUAAGAAAAUAUCAAAAUCACAAUUGUAAUUAAUAUAAGAUUUGAGUUCUGAUAUAAGCAAUUCUAAUGAGAAAUACAACAAUAAGAGUUUCAUUAAGAUUCACGACAAAUCCAAAUAGAAGAUGGUAUUAAAACGAAUGGAGAGCAUGAAGGCAUUCAUUGUACUUAAGACGUACUUUAGUGUAUGUAAGAUUUAAGUGAUUCUUAAUAAGUUUAAAUAAGAAACAAUAGAUCCACAAGGCAACUUCUUAUUUUUUUGGGAAUUGUUAAAAUUCUUUGUGACAUUAGCAUCUCUAUUCCAAUUAUCAAUUCAAAUAUGUUUCAAUUUGAAUGUUUUGAAUUGGUUUUUCACCUCUGAGAAAUAAAAUUCGCAAAAUAUCCUAAUUUUGAUGUUUCUCUUUUAUUCAUUUGACAUUCUUUUAGGAUUUCGCACAGGAUACUAUGAAAAUGGGGAGGUAGUAAUAAAUUAAAAGAGAGUCGCUAGAAGAUAUUUAAGGAAAUAUUUUGUUGUUGAUUUGAUCUCAAUAAUACCAAUAUUCAUCAACAUCAUUUUAAUAUAAUCAUUUGAAACAGAUAAUACAAUAAUUAGGAUUGUGAAUUGUUUAUCAUUCAUAAGAUCAAAUGCUUUAAAUAGAGUAUAUCAUUCUUUAGAAGGAAGAUUAUUAAGUAAUCCAAGGUUUGUUAUUGGAUAUCGAUUUUUGAGUGUUAUAGGAACUGUAUUUUUAUAUGCUCAUGUAUUUGGAUGUCUUUGGUAUGUGGUAGCAUAGAAUAAUUAAAAUAAUUGGAUCAAUAAAGCAGGAAUAGUUGAAGAUUCUUGGUUUGCUCUAUAUAGUUAUUCUAUUUAUUGGUCUGUAAUGACUAUGACUACUGUUGGAUAUGGAGAUCUGACACCAGCUAAUCAUGAAGAAGCCUUAUUUUGUGUUUGUACCAUGUUUAUUGCAAGUGUUGUUUUUGCAUAUUCAAUCAAUACAAUUGGAAGGAUCAUUACUGAAAUGAAUAAGUUUGAUGAGAAAAUCAAUGAAAAUAUGGCUAUUAUAAAUAGAUACAUGCAAAGAAAGAAUUUCGAGUAGUCAUUGCAAUUUAGAGUGAGAUAAUACUUGUAGAAUCUGUGGACAUAGGAAGAGAAGUUUCGAAUUGUUGAUGAAAAUAAGAUUAUAAAUUGUUUGAGUCCAAAUUUAAAAGAAGAAAUCUAGAUUUGUUUAUAUGGUUAAUUUAUUGCUAACAUUCAUAUAUUUUAUAGAUAUUUUAGCUAAGAAUGUCUAUUAGAUUUGACAAAGAAUGUUCAAGAAUACAGGGUGGCUCCAAAUUCUUAUGUCAUCGAAAAUGGAACUCAUGACGGAAUUGCAUUAUAUUAAUUAGUCAGUGGAGAAGCUGAGAUGCUAGUUGAUCUUUAGGACAGAAAAUAUUAUUUAGGAAAAUUGAAACAGGGAGAUAUCUUUGGCCAUGGUCCAUUCUUUAUGAACAACGCUCAUCCUUAUAGCAUUAAAACAGAGACAGCUUGUUCGUUUGCUUACUUGUCUAAAUAAAUGUUCUUAGACAUACUUCAAACUCAUCCUAAAGAUUAUUAAACCUAUAGAAUGAUCAUUGAUUAGUGGACUUUUCAAAAUCAGAAAUUAGAUCUCGGUGUCAAAUGUUUGGGAUGUGGAGAUGCUGAUCAUGACAUAGAUUUAUGUCAUAGAUUACAUUUAAUCAUAAAUAAAGAGAUUUUAUUAGCAAAACAUUUGUUUUCUGUUCCUAAUGGAAGAAUCUUAUUUAAGAGAAAUUGUAGAAGAACUACAAAUGCUAAAUUCGGAUAGAGAUUGUUUGAAGAUGCAGUCUCAUUAUUUCAAGAAAACAAUUUUUCUUUCUCUUCUGAAGAAGAAGAUCCUAAUCCUAGUUAAAUGGAAAGAACUCACUAAACCAAAUUGACUUAAGAGAUCAGAUAUUAGGAACCUACUCAUAAUACUCAUAGAUCAUAAUAACAAUAACACUAGCAAUCAAAAAAUGUGAGAUUUAGGAAAAGAUCGAGAUCAUUAAAUUCUAUCAGUGUUCAUUCAGACGAAGAAUCUAAAUUUCAGAAAUCCAUGUCUGGCUAUAAAUCCAACGACUCCUAAGUCGAUAAAAUUAGUGCUAUUCCUGUUAAAGUGCAAUAACUCCCGAGUUCUUAAUUAUCUUAAAGUUCAUUUAAUGUAUUUUUAAAGGAAUAUCCAAAAAGAAAGAUAUCAAAAUAGCAAGAUUCUGAUAAAUAUUCUAAUCAUUCUAUUGGAUAACGAUAAUAGUAAUAACAGUAGCAUCAUUAAUAAUAACAAUAAUAAUAAUAAUAAUAUUAUCAUAAAUCAAGCAGUUAAUCUAGUAGUGGCAAUAUCCCUUAGAGCAGCAUUGGAAUUCCUCCUCUACCAAAUGGGUCUCCUCCUAUGCUUUAUUAAGAUGAGAAAUAGACAUUUUAAAAAGGAGGUGUUGAAGAUAGUUUAUAUGUUGCAUAGGAGAGGAAAAAGAAGUCUUUAAUUGGUACUAGUUAUUCAAAUACAAAAUAAAUAAAAAAUCCUCUGUAAGCUAUACCAUCAGUUAGUGAAAUGAAUGAGACCGAUAAAUUGAAUAAUUUGAAGGAAGCUUCUUACACUUCUAAAUAAUUGUCAAUGCAAAGUAGAUCAAGAAGUUAAAGAUAUACUAUAUCAAUUCGUACAGAGAGUUAGAAAAUUCGAGAAGAUACUAAACACGAUACUGCUUAAAAGCAUGAAAAACAUGAUUUCAAAUUAAAAACUGACACUUUUAAAUAAUAUCAUGAGAAUAGUCCCUUAAAUGAAGAGUAAUUCCACAACACAUUUGAAUAAGCAUGUAAUCUAUACUCUUAUUACCCUCAAUAUAAUAAGGAUAGGAUCAUCGAGAAAUAUAAAAAGUAAUAAUAUAACAAGAGUACAAAAUAAUAUUAAUUUAAGUUUUGA